CGGCGCCCUUAGCAUUUGCCUAUACGGCCUAUGCCACGAGCCGGCCCUGGCGCUCCCUGAAAAGCAUCCGAAAUGACUGCUGCGCGCUCGCUCUAUCCGCGGCUCCUUAUCGCGCUAUACAUUCCCCCAUAGUGCCACCCUGUUAACAUGGAGUCGGGCAACACGAGAGGGCCGCCGAGGCGCUAGCCAGGCAUCUUGCUCGCUAUGGGACCAAGCGGCUGGAAAUGCGGUCAAAGGUCGCAACACAAUGCGGAGCAGCAGGUUCUGACCAGGCGAGCAGUUCUUUGAAGCCGGAUCAGGACAACACACACACACACACACUUAUACGUUACAUUUACAUCAGUGUCAAUUGGCUUGAAAUGUUCCAUCAUCUUCUAUUUGUAGCCAGUAGCAUCCUUUGCAGCUUCACUGAAUGUGUUUACGUCCUUGAUAUGUUUUUCAGAUGGGUGAGGCCGGGGGCACGUGUAUGCAAAUGAGCGCGGUAUACUGGAGAGCGUCAGAGUCUCCAUCUGAUCCUGGAUCACAUGAGACGCCAGCGGCCAACCCAAACCUUUGCGAAUUCUUCCUCCGACACCCCUCCCUCCCCACCUGCCCAUCUGGAAGUUAAUAAGAGGGAACCCGCGCAGAGAUUCCCUCACAAGCUCACACUUGGACGCAGACAACACUCACAGAACACAAACGGAACCAUGCCUGUGCCAAAGAAAGCAGGAAGAAAAAACAGCGCUGCAGCUGAAGAGAAGCUGCCUCCCUACGAGUCCAACAUCCCAGAACCCACCACAAGGGCCGACUUUGUCAAACACUGGAUGCCCAUCUCCUUGGACGACAAAACCGCACAGAAACUGCUGUGGAUCUCAGAGGGCGGAGCUAAGGUGGCUCGCACCUCCGACGCCGUGUGUCCGUAUCCCAACAGGCCCGAGCGAUAUGAACACUCGCCACAGGUCCUGUGCAAGGAGGGUCUUCUGGGCUCCCGGGGCUACUGGGAGGUGGACUACGACGGCUGGGUGGUGAUCGGCGUGGUGGCGGAGAGCGCGCCCAGGAAGGACGGCCCCUGCGGCCUGGGGGAGAACGGCAGCUCCUGGGGGGUGGGCUGGUCCGGCUCCUGCUACCAGGUGUGGCACAACGGCGAGAACGUGGACAUCAACCUGCCCCUGUGCCACACCAUGGGCGUCUACGUGGACCAGCCGGCCGGCAUCGUCAAGUUCCUGCUGGUGGAGGGCGAGGACGCCAAGGAGGUGCGGCUGGUCCACAAGUUCAAGAUGGGCGUGCAGGAGAAGCUUCACCCCGCCAUGUGGGUGGGCACAAACUCCUUCUGCCUCAUCAGGAAGAAGGAGCAGUGACUCCGCUCAGGCGUGGAAGUGGACAUUGAGAAGAAGCCACCUGUGGGGCGUUAACCUCCUCCUCAGUGCAAAUAUUCAAGUAACACCCACAAUCCUUGGUGCUGUAAACAUGGCCGUUUCUGCCCGCUCCAUUUUCUAAGACUUUUUCUGACUAGUGAAAAUCUCCCAAAACUUGUCUUUUUAUGGUAUUAACGUGUUUUUAUUCAUAACCUUGUCAAAAUCUCCCCAAAUUUGUCUCAAACAUUAAUAUAGUUUUAUUGUUAACAUUUUAGUUAUGUUAUGAUCAUGUUAUUCACAAUUAACCCUGCAACCUCAUAUUUGUGCUAAACUUUUUUGUCUAUUAUUUUAUAGUUUUUGUUAUCGUGUUAUUAUUCAUAACCAGCCACCCUUUACAUUGUCAAAAUCUCCCCAAACUUGUCUCAUACAUUUGUGCUCUAUUUUUUUGUCUAUUACAGUUUUAAUGUUAACAUUUUAGUUUUUAUGUUAUGUGUUAUUCACAAUUACCCUGAUGAUGUCAAAAUCUCUCUGUCUAUUGUUUUUAUGUUAUUGUUUCAGUUUUCAUAUUAUUAACGUUAUAUUAACCAUAACCAGCCUCCCCUUACAUUGUCAAAAUCUCCCCAAACUUGUCCUAAACGUUUGUGCUGCUAAUUAUGUCUUGUCUAUUAGUUUUUAAGUCAA